AUGGCCUCCCCAUUCCACAUCUCCCGACACCAACAAGUCGAGCUAGAGCGCAAUGAGGCCUUCCGAGUAAUGCGAGAACAACUUCGCCGCCAAGAGUGCGGUAUGGAACGACCAAGCUUCUGCGCCGGCCAUCGACACUCCUGCACCUCCACCGAACAAGAAACCUUCCGCCUCCACCGCGAUAUCAUCCACACCCUCCUCGUCCCCCUCUUCCUAAUCAAUCACCAAGCCGAGCGCAUCGCAGCCCGUACCCUCCCAACCCAAAAAGGCGCCGAGCCCGAACGCGCAUUCCGCGGUGAAGCCCGCAGCGCCUUCGCCUGGCUGAACUGCAUCCUCACAGAAGAACACGACUGCCCGCUGUCCAGCCUGCAUCGUCCAUCACGUGCUACACUCCGAGCCGACAAUCCGAUUCGUCACCGUCGCUUCCCAGCUCGCAGGUGCCCGCUCCGGAUUCCAGUGCUGGCUGAACGCCCUCGAGACGGCAGUCUGCGAAGACCCCUUUGGGGCGAUGCUUUCUGGCCGGAUAUCGAGGAGCGCGCUGCCCGUCUGACGGACGGCGUGCAGCAGCUCGUUCGUCAGUGUUACGAGCUCAGUGUGACACUCGAUAACCCGGCUCGAGUGAAUCCGUCCCUCGCAAAAAACCCCAUGCCUGUCUACGGUAGUCGAUCCGCCUCCUGCACAAUUCCUCUGAAGCCUUCGAGUUUCGCGCGGAAACAGGUCCGUCUCACACGGGAGGAGCAGAGAUAUCGCUCCUCAUUUUUGUGGAAUUGCUCGGAGAUGACACAGCCGCUGGCCGGCUGCACUACUGCGACUCGGUCUCGCCGUCGGUCGCUAACUUCAUGA